AUGGAUAUCGUUCUCGAACUAUGGGACACCUUUAUUGGUGAUCGCCUUUAUUCGACCCUUCUCCCCGCGUCACUAUCCUCCUCCGUCUCAUUGCCGUCCUUCGUCAAUGCGGCUGCCAACACUUCAAUGGCCCUGUUUGGGCCUGCGGAACCAUUUGUCUAUGAACAGGCCACACAGAUGAUCUACCUGGAGCCCUCGAAAUAUGCAUACCUGAGUGCCUGGCCCAGAAACAACAUCUACCGUCAAUUCACGAGCUUUUUCCUGAUCACCUGGCUGUUUGGUUUGCUGGUCUACUUUUUGGUCGCAACGCUCUCGUACAUCUUCAUCUGGGAUAAAACAACCUACAAACACCCCAAGUUCCUCAAGAACCAGAUUGGCCUUGAAAUCCGACAGGCCAUGUCCGCAAUGCCUCCGAUGUCUCUGUUGACAGCUCCUUUCUUCGUUCUCGAGGUUCGUGGCUUCGCCAAACUCUACGAUACCACCGCCGAGGAGCCCUUUCCGUACUACAGCUUGCUCCAAAUUCCCUUCUUCAUCUGCUUUACCGAUUUCUUCAUCUACUGGAUCCAUCGUGGCCUGCACCACCCCAGCGUCUAUAAGACUCUACACAAGCCUCACCACAAGUGGAUCAUGCCUAGCCCUUACGCCUCGCAUGCUUUCCACCCCCUCGACGGCUGGUCCCAGAGUGUCCCGUACCACGUCUUCCCCUUCCUUUUUCCUCUUCAGAAGGUCGCCUACGUGUUCCUGUUCGGCUUCAUCAACCUCUGGACCGUCUUCAUUCAUGACGGCGAGUACGUCGCCAAUAGUCCUGUCGUGAAUGGCGCUGCUUGCCACACCAUGCACCACCUGUACUUCAACUACAACUACGGACAGUUCACCACUUUGUGGGAUCGUCUGGGUGGCAGCUACCGCAAGCCCAAUGAGGAACUGUUCCGUCGGGAGACCAAGAUGGGCGACCAAGAGUGGAAACGACAGGCCAAGGAGAUGGAGUCCAUCCUUAAGGACGUCGAGGGCGAAGACGACCGCAGUUACUCUUCCGACAAGAAGAAGAAUCUUUGA